AUUCUCAUCCAUCUAUCAUUGCCCUCUUUCAUUGUGACCUUAAAUAUCAUCACCAGACUUCUACGACUUGUAGAAGACAACGGACAACCCAUUGAUUCUUACAGUUGAUUUAGGGCGGAAUUUGAAGAAGACAUUCAAGUUUGGGUCACCAAAUCAAGUUAACUCGCGCAAGAUCAAACUUUAGAGUUUGAAGGUAAUAACCCACAUAGAAUCUUGAAGAAACAUUAUAAUCUUUAUCAAAAAAAAAGGAGAAGAACGAUCUUUUUCCAACUGAGACAUGGAUCAUUCUCGUUCAGCUUCUGGAAUUGGUGAAGAUGGUAUUGGCAUACAAGAUGAUCUGCGUUGUAAGCGUUCUGAUGGGAAACAAUGGCGAUGUACGGCCAUGUCUAUGCCAGAUAAGACAGUGUGUGAAAAACAUUACUAUCAAGCAAAGAAAAGGGCUGCAAAUUCUGCAAUGAGGGCCAGUUUAAAGAAAGCGAAAAGGAAAAGUCUUGGUGAAAGUGAUGUAUACAUGGAGAGUAAAAGUGAUGAUAUGGAUACAACUCUUGUCAAUGCAGAAGUUGAAGAAGUUGAUCAAUACCUUCCAACUUCAGAUAGGAGUUUGCUAGUAAGUAAUAAUCUUGAACUGCCUGAUGAUCUGGAAAGAGAUGGUGUCCACUAUGAAGAAAAUCACAAGGUGUACAAACUAAAGCACCCUUCUACAGAUCCUUCUAAGAAUAGAUCUGACCUGUCUCUUGAUGUUAGUACCUUGGACACCUCUGAUGGAAGCUCAAAUUCCAAUGAUGGAAGUGACGAUCUUGAUGGCAGUGGGGACCAAGCUUGCCAUCAGUGCCAACGGAAUGACAGGGUUAAAGUUUUCUGGUGCCUCAAAUGUGAUAAGAGAGGAUAUUGUGGUAGUUGUAUCUCAACCUGGUAUUCUGAUAUUCACCCGGAAGAAAUUGAAAGGAUAUGUCCUGCAUGUAGGGGAAUUUGUAAUUGUAAAGUCUGCAUGAGGCGAGAUAAUCUGAUAAAGGCAAGGAUAAGGGAGAUAUCAGUACAGGAUAAGCUGCAGUAUCUUCACUGCCUUUUGUCUUCAGUUCUUCCUGUUAUUAAGAACAUCCAUCAUCAACAGUGUUUUGAAGUGGAACUGGAAAGGAAGCUUCGAGGAAAUGAAAUAGAUCUACCCAGGAGAAAGCUUAAUGCAGAUGAGCAGAUGUGCUGUGACUGUUGUAGAAUGCCUAUCAUUGAUUAUCACCGGCAUUGUGCAAAUUGCUCUUACGACUUGUGCCUGAGAUGUUGCCAGGAUCUUAGGGAGGCUUCAGUAACUCAAAUUGCUGCAAGAUCUGAUUCUAAUAAGACCUUGUUGAGAGAAGUUACAUCUUCUAAGAGUAGGUUGAACUUAUCUUUUAGAUUUCCUAAUUGGAUAUCCAACAUCAAUGGCAGUAUUCCUUGUCCACCUAAGGAACACGGUGGCUGCGCUUGCUUAUCGUUGACACUAAAACGCAUCUUUAAGAUGAACUGGAUUGCGAAGUUGGUAAAGAAUGCUGAGGAAAUGGUUAGUGGCUGUAAGGUCAAUGGAAAUGGAAAUGAAUGUUUAGAUGAAACUGGUUCGGGCAGCAGGCUUUGCCAAUUUGCCUGCAGAGACUAUAGCAAUGAUAAUUUCUUAUACUGCCCUUCUUCCGAAGAUAUCAGAGUUUGUGGAAUUGGAGAUUUCAGGAAGCACUGGGCCCAAGGAAAACCUGUUAUCAUUCAGGAAGUUUGUGAUAGCUCAUCAGUUUCAAGUUGGAAUCCCAUGGUUAUCUGGGAAGGAACAGAGAAAAUAAAAGAUGAUCACCGAGUGGUUAAGGCUACAGAUUGUUUAGACUGGUCUGAGGUUAAAAUCGAGCUUGGUCAUUUUAUGAAGGGAUAUUCAGAAGGUCGAAUUCAUGAAGAUGGCUGGCCAGAAAUGUUGAAACUAAAAGAUUGGCCGUCCCCAAGUGCUUCUGAGGAUUUCCUGUUAUACCAUCAACCUGAAUUUGUUACUAAACUACCAUUGCUUGAAUAUAUUCAUUCCAAAUGGGGAUUAUUAAAUGUUGCAGCAAAACUGCCUCAUUAUUCCUUGCAGAAUGAUGUAGGCCCUAAGAUUUUGAUUUCAUAUGGGAUGUAUGAGGAGCUUGGUAAAGGUGAUUCAGUGGAUAAACUUCACUUUGUCAUGCGGGAUAUGGUAUACCUUUUGGUGCAUACAUGCAAGAUAGAGCUAAAUGGUUGGCCAAGGGCUGGUGAAGAUAGUUCAAAGUCUGAACCAGGAGCAUUUUGGGAUGUGUUCCGCAAACAGGAUAUUCCAAAAUUGAUUGAAUAUUGUAGAGUUCAUUCAGAGGAACUUGGGAGUCUUGAGCAUUUGACAAAUGAAAGUGAAGAACGCCUUUUACAUGAUGGGGUGGUAUACUUGAACAUGCAUCACAAAAGAACAUUGAAGGAAGAAUUUGGAGUUGAACCAUGGUCCUUUGAACAGCGAUUGGGGCAAGCAAUUUUCAUUCCUGCUGGAUGUCCUUUCCAAAUGAGGAAUACUCAGUCCACAGUUCAACUGGCACUUGACUUUUUGUCCCCUGAAAGCCUGGGUGAGGCUGUAAAGUUGGCAGAAGAAAUACGCACCUUUCCAAAUGAUCACAAUGCAAAACUUCAAAUGUUGGAGGUCGGUAAGAUAUCAAUAUAUGCUGCGAGUUCAGCAAUCAAAGAAGUCCGGAAGCUGGUUCUAGAUCCUAGGCUUGGGUCUGAACUACUAUUCGAGGAUCCUAAUCUCACUGCACUUGUUUCCGAAAACUUGGAGGAGAUGGUCAAGUGGAGAAAGGUAACUUGUAGUUCAUCAUAACUUUACACUGGACGAGAUGUGUUUGAUGAUGAUCAGUUGGUGAUGAUGUGUUCUUGAGGUCUUCUAUUGCUUCCUGUAAAAAUAACAAAACAAAAGAAAGGAAGCUACUAUCUUUCCCAUGACUGAAAUUUAAUUUCUGUUUACUAUAGUUUCAAACCUCUUUUAGUUUUCUUAUAUAGUCUUAUUUAUUUGA